CGUUCCAAAUCGCGACAAUCCCAACCCAGGUUGUGCUGGUACCAUAAACGUUAUGGUGCCAAUGCCAAAAGGUGCACUCGACCUUGCACCUUCGAGGCUAACCAGGCGGGAAACGUGUGAGCCAGCACGUGACGGCGACUAACGUCGCUGGCGAGCCACUUCCAUGUCGCCUCUUCUUCGUCACUGAUCGACAUUCUGGGAUACGCUUCCUAGUUGACACUGGGGCAGAAGCUAGCGUCAUCCCACCUACGAAGGAAGAGCGUCUGCGGCCAAUGUCUCUGCAACUUCGUGCCGCCAACGGUUCGCCCAUCACAACCUAUGGUCGGAGAUUCCUCGAUCUCAACCUUGGAUUGCGUCGUCCCUUUCGUUGGGUUUUCAUAGUGGCAGAUGUGACCACCGGCAUUAUUGGUAUGGAUCUCUUGCAGCACUAUCAGCUGCUGGUAGAUGCUGGCAAGCAUAAGUUGAUAGAUUCUACCACAACACUCUCUGUUUCCGGUAUAGUCACAAAGACGCCGCCCCUCAGUCCCGUGUACUGCACGACGGACGCUUCUAGUCCCUACGCGUCUAUCAUUCAGUCCUUUCCGGAUGUCUUUAAGCCAAGUCGUUGUGUCCCUUGUGUGACUUCGAACGUUUCUCAUCACAUAACGACGACUGGCCCGCCAGUGUUUGCGAAACCACGGCGAUUAUCCCCGGAGAAACUGCGUGCUGUAAAAGCCGAGUUCGAACACAUGCUUGAAAUGGGAAUAAUCAGACCAUCCAACAGUCCAUGGUCUUCACCCUUGCAUGUGGUACCCAAGAACAAUGGCAUGGACUGGAGGCCUUGUGGUGACUACCGAAGGCUCAACGCUAAAACGAUUCCAGAUCGUUACCCAGUCCCUCACAUUCACGACUUGACUGCAUCUUUAAAAGGCUCGGUUAUCUUCAGUAAGCUUGACUUGACGCGUGCAUAUCAUCAGAUCCCGGUUCAUCCUGAUGAUGUUCCCAAGACAGCCGUCAUUACACCGUUUGGUCUUUUUGAGUUCCUCCGUAUGCCUUUUGGUCUUCGCAAUGCAGCACAAACCUUCCAACGUUUUAUUCACGAUGUUUUACGUGGACUCGAUUUCGCCUAUGCCUACCUAGACGAUAUACUAAUCGCUAGUCCAGACGAAGACACUCAUUUUAACCACUUGAAACAGGUUUUCGCCAGACUGUCAGAGCAUUCGAUGACAGUCAACCUGGCCAAAUGCCAAUUGGCGUUCGUUCACUAAAAUUUUUGGGACACGUUAUCGACGAGCAAGGCAUUCGCCCACUACCUGAAAAGGUACAGGCGAUCCAAGACUUCCCAGUCCCAGCGUCACUUAAAGCUCUGCGUGUGUUUCUGGGUAUGGUGAGCUAUUAUCGUCGCUUCGUUCCCCAAUGUGCACACAUUUUGACUGCACUGACCGACCUGCUGAAAAGUAAAUGUAAAACUUUCAGCUUGACUCCUGAGGCACUAGAAGCAUUUCGCAAGAUCAAAACCGCAAUAGCAGACGCCACGAUGCUGGUGCAUCAAGACGUAAACCUACCUCUUAGCAUUGCGGUUGACGCCUCUAACACGGCCAUUGGAGCUGUGUUGCAACAACUUUCGGAUCACACUUGGAUCCCAGUUGCAUUCUUCUCUCGGAAGUUAUCCACCUGCGAAAUGCGGUACAGCACUUUCGGCAGGGAACUGCUCGCCAUAUAUGCCUCAGUGAAACAUUUUCGUCAUUUUGUGGAAGGUCGUGACUUCAUCAUCUUUACCGACCAUAAACCUCUGACGUAUGCCUUACACACCACUACUGACAGAUAUUCACCGCGUGAAUUACGUCACCUAGAUUAUAUUUCGCAAUUCACGUCGGACAUCCGUCAUAUUUCUGGUGUGAAUAACCCUGUCGCGGACGCACUGUCUCGCGUUUGCACCACUACUUUGCCUCGAGCAGUCGACUUACGGAAGAUUGCCGAACUUCAGGAUUCAGACGAGGAGAUUGAAAAACUUCAACACUCAUCCUCUCUGAAGAUACAGCGUU